GGGGUGUACGAGGCGGUAUCAGGCCGCCCCUACGGGCCGACGGAUAGUAGUGUAGUCAACGCGUCACGCUACCCCUGCAGCUACUCGCCGUUGAUUCUCCUGUUGUUACUACAUACUGCAGUGUGUCGUCGCGACGCCCGUACGCCGGUCCGUCGCGCGCCAAUAUUAUAGGUACGAACAUACCUUACAUUCUCGUGCCGCGGUCUACGCGGUGAAAAAUAGUUGAUAUACCAACAGCGGAACAAAUUGACUACGCGACGAAGCGACGAAUCCGUCGGAUAUAUGGAUUUGUCUUUGUUUAUACAUUUUUAUUACAGUUUACAAAAACGCGUUUCUAUACAUCUCGUUUCGUGUGGGCUUUUUUAAGUUACUUCGUUCUCGUAAUACAGUUAUCAUCGUUGUUAUUGUUAUUAUUGUUAUCAACGUCGCCACGUGUUCAAUGUCAGUUCGUUUCACGAACUUUGCGUUGCGCGCGUUUCGCGAAUUUGUAAGGUACAUAUGUAUAGGUAUACUUGAAUCACCGCGUGUGUGUUUUUAGUAAGUAGUUUUUACACAGGGUAGAUCCGCCUGCGUUUAUGCAAUUUAGGGCGCGCUUUAUGUACCGAUCGACAUUUGCUUAGCGUGAGAACUUUCGGUUAAUGGUGAAAAAAGUGGACAAAUGACGAUCGGUAAAAUUUACUCUGAAUUGCACGAAUGCAGGCGGAUUCACCCUGCGUCAAAUACACGCGUAAGACGCAUACAUCUCUUCGAGACGACCCGAUAUUUGAAUACAUAUAUAAAAUGAAGCAAAGAUACGAGCGUUAUCACGGAUCGUGAGAUUUUUCGGUUUAUUAUAAUUUAUAAGGUAUAGAACCGCGUGUUACGUAGUAAGACGUAUUUGUCGACUGUUUGUGUUCCGGUGAUAUUGUGGGUGUAUAUAAUUAAGUUCAGUUGUGUGUACAACUUUCAUCCCACCUCCGCAUGUUCUUCAAACAUGCCGACGAUGUAGCCGCUCCACCACGCAGCGUUCCGCUACGACUCACACGUACCUGUAUUACCGAUAUUCACACGUUACAUUUUAUACCUGUAGUGAACGAUUUUUAUCGUUAUUUACGAGUGCCUUCUAUUAUACGCAUACACUGUAUAUAUAGUAAGUGUCGCAGUCGUGCAGUGCAGUAUCCGUGUAUUUAUUUUCGUGGAUUAUUGUGUGCAGAUCAUUAUCACGACAUGAGGGAUAUCGAGUUUCUGCAGAACUCGCUCAUCUUCGCUCGAAUCCCGAUGCUGCAGAAAUCGAUAACAAAACCGCAUGCAGUAGGAUGCAGGGUGAUGAGAUAAUACCGGUUGAAAUAUAUAACACAAGAAGAAAACGAAGAAGAAGACGAAGGAGAUCCGCGCGGUUAUAUUUACGAAUAAAUAAACCGCGAGGAUAGAAUUGAAGCGCAAGGGCGUAUAAUCGAGGAGAGAAAGACUGGCAAAAUUAUAAGACAAUGCUGAUGGCCGGCGGGGGCGGCAGUGCGGGUUCGAUUAUACCGACGAUAGCAGCGGCGGUUGAAUUGCAGGAAGAGGAAUAUGCCUGCAAUAGUGAGACUCACAGCGGUGCCGGACUGCAAUGCGAUGGGGCCGACGGUUACGUCACCGAUCACACGGAUCUUGGAUCGGAAAUCGAUAUCGACGAGUCCGAAUUCCGACGGGAGUUCCUCAAGGAUAGAUGGAGAAUGCUUUUCGACAAGUAUGAUCCGGAAGGCUUCGGCGAGAUUCCUCUCGACGAUUUCCUUGUCGCCCUCGACAGUCAGGAAUGGAGGGAGGAAGUCCCCGCGAAUAAGCGCGACAUUCUCAGGGCUCGAGUCAAGGAAUCGACGGUCGACGCGAUCACCUUUCAGGACUUCGUCAACGUGAUGAGUGGAAAGCGUAGCCGUAGUUUCAAAUGCGCCGUUCAUCAUCGCGACAGAGAAGUCUGCUCCGAAAACGAUUUUCAUCUGCUCGUUGACGAACCGCCUCUGUUCCAAAGGAUGGUACGCAUGAUCGGCGACGAAUUUCUCACCGAGGAAAGGGAUCGGAAAUACUACGCUGACCAUUACACGUGCUGUCCGCCGCCCCUUUUCAUCAUCCUCAUCACCCUAGUCGAGCUCGGGUUUUUCACCUACUACACCGUCGCCAUGGGCGAGGUCAACCCCUCGGGUCCCGUUCCGAUCGACAGUGUCUUCAUAUACCGACCGGACAAACGUCUCGAGCUCUGGAGGUUCGCAUUCUACAUGUUCCUUCACGCUGGCUGGCUUCACCUGCUCUUCAACCUCGGGGUACAGGUGGUCGUCGGUCUUCCUCUGGAGAUGGUUCACGGCAGUUUCAGGAUAGCCGCCGUCUACAUGGCGGGCGUACUCGCCGGUUCUCUCGGCACGUCUGUAUUCGACACGGACGUUUAUCUCGUCGGGGCUAGUGGCGGUGUCUACGCUCUUCUUGCCGCUCAUCUUGCAAACGUUUUGCUCAACUACAAUAAUAUGGAGUUUGGAAUCGUCAGGCUGAUCGGGAUUUUCAUUAUCGCGAGCGCCGACGUCGGCUUUGCGAUAUACGACAGGUACGCCGCCGAGCAAAUGGGUCCGCCUGUGUCGUACGUUGCUCACCUUACGGGGGCGUUGGCGGGGCUGACGAUCGGCCUGUUGGUGUUGAAGAAUUUCGAGCAACGACUUCACGAGCAGUUGCUGUGGUGGGUCGCCCUCGGUGUUUACGCCGCCUGCACGAUAUUCGCGGUCAUGUACAACUUGAUGCACCCCGACUACCCCUGACGCGAGGUUAGCUUCGCUUACGGGCCACGUUUGCACCAUCAUCAUCAUCAUCACCAUGGUGCCGCUGCUGCCGCUGCUGUGACGAACACGUAACGCGAAGCUGUCCAUUACUGUUGUUUAUACUAUUGGACAAUAUUCAUCACGUAAUAAUCGGUCUUGUUAUACCUGUAAUUGCACAAGAACGCAAAUUUUCUCUCUCUCUCUCUCCCUCUCUCUCUCUCUCUCUCUCUCUCUCUAUCUCUCUCUAUGCCUAUAUAUCUAUCUAUCUCUCUGUUUCUCCGCCCUGGUUCGCAUCUUUGUGCAACGGAGAUACGCCAAAAACGAACGAAAAUAUUACGCCAAACGAGCGAGAAGAAGAAUAUUAUGAUAUAUACAUAUUAAUUAUGUCAGGAAAGAAUAAAAGCAAAAUAUAGAAGAUACUGCGUAAAAUGAACUGUGUAAGGAGGAAAAAUUAGAAACAAUAUUUGAAAACAAAAAAAAUCAACAAAAUGAACCAACGAUCGAGAGACUACUUUAUACGUAUGUACGUGUAUAAUGUGUAUAUUGAUAAUACAUCUCGGAACAAGAAAAUCAAACCAAAGAAAAAGAGUGUGUAAAAUGCGUGAGUUGUUUAAAAUAACCAUCAAUACACAUGUGUAUAUAUAUAUAUAUAUAUAUAUAUAUAUAUAUAUAU